AUGACGGUUUAUCGAAUAAGGUAUGCGCCGUGGGUUCCAUUUGUCGAUCCAGUUUUGGGCAAAGACAACAAGUUCCAUCUCGGUGGAUAUGCCAAAGACGCUUACGAUGGAAUGAAGAUGUUUAUGGAUUUCGAUUACCAUGCUGAAAUUCAACCAGAUAACGUUUAUGGUGCGAAAGUGAAUGGAACUUGGUCUGGUAUGAUUGGAUCCAUCGUUGCCAACGAAUCGGAUAUUUCGGGUCCUUUUUUCAUAGACGAAGAUCGAUCUCUUGCAGUAGAAUUUUCUGUUCCUUUGGCUUUUUCACAAAUGACCAUAGUAUCAGGAAUGGUGUCCAGCAACAGGAAUCCAUUUAUGAUUUUAGCUGUUUAUUCAAUACCGGUUUGGAUUAUUUUGUUUGUGACCACACUCGCUAUUUCUGCUGCUGCCAGCUUGAUCUACAAAACCUUACCAGCUCCAGAGAAACGAGCAGUGCCAGAAAUAUAUUCUAAAUAUUUAUGGGCUUUUCAGACUGGUUUAAUAGGAAAAGGUUUUGGUGAAAACAAAAGAUGGUUUCUUAAGCACGUAUGGUCGUCACCCAGCUUCCGCCUGCUCCAGUGUUUGUGGUUCAUUGCAGUCUGUGUCAUCUUCAUGUACACUUACCAAGGAGCUGUUAUCUCAGCCUUUGCCGCCGACAAACUGAAGCCGAGAAUUUCAACUAUAGAAGAGUUGCUGGAAGACAAGAAGAUGGGCAUUAGUACUGUCAAUAAUGCAUAUCCUAUGGCCCUGUUCAAGAGAUUGGCGAAUACAAGUUAUGAAUCUAUCUGGUUCAGAAUGGAGAAUAGCCUGGAAAAUCUACCUGGUAAAGGAAUAAUUCCAGGCUGGCUGGACGCGGUGGAAGAAGAAUAUCAUCGGUGA